AUGACCACUCCCUUGGAUGAGAACACCUUCUCGUUUACGUACCUGGGUCGAUUUACAGCUCAUGAUUUCGGAUACUCCAGCUCAGAGGCCAUCCAUGCCCAGCUGGUGGAGUACUACGUGGCCUUUCUUGCACGGGCUUACGAACAACGACUUCCUUUUGACAAACUGAACGUCCAGAACCCGAUCGACACUCGGCUGGUCGCUCUCGAACCGAACGGGGUAAGUGUGCGAAGCUGGCGUUACCGAAGGUUCAAUGAGGCAGGCACCCUGAUCAACGAGAAGGACGUCUACAAAGCCGAAAGAAUUGUCCUCUGCGAUUGUCUGUGUUUCGAGGUAGUCCAGUCGGCCGGGCGUGGCGCCUCCUCAACCCGCGAUUCCGCCGUCUGUUAUGCCUACUUGAGGCGUGCUGUGGACUCCAGACAGACUAUUUCUGAGGCAAAUCUCAGGCCGCUUGACGUCCGUCUGAGCAAUUGGCUACUAAAGUAUCGCCGCUUUCAACGUCCACCUCUGGUCGUUCUGGCGAUUCAUCGAGCCUACGCUGACAGUUGUGUCGACCUGCUGGUCUUCCUCGCGUCCAGCCAAUCAGAGGGCCUAAAAUUUGUCAAAAAUGUCACUGAACUGGCCUGUAAGGUCACACCAAUGAGACCACACCGACGAGUUCGUCGUCGCGCACGCACUGCAGACGCCAAAUAUAAUGAGAACCCAAGAACCACGACUGACAGCUGGAGACGUCCAGAAUCCCCUCCCGGUCGGCGUCAGGUCUCCCCGCAGCUGCUGUUCAGACCGAACCUAGCGGCUUCACGUGGGGAACCUCUGCAAACUCUGGCCAGCCAGGAGACUCACUCCCCGACAUCGCCGUGCAGAAGUCAUAAUUGGCAUGGCGAAUGUUGUCUGCCAAUGGGCAUCCUGCCAGAAAUCCUGACAACCGCAGAACUUAAGAGAGUGCGCAGUCGACUGUUGCAGUACCAGCUCGGACAAGAGGCGAUGCGGCACGUCUACAAUCGACGGCGGGGUCAUGUGGACCAUGAUCCAACAUACUGGCAGCAUACGUGUGAGGACUUCUCGACGGGCCGACCGAAGUCCUGUUCUGCGCUCUACCGCGGCCCAGAUGUGGGGACCAGUUUUCAGUAA